AUGGCCCGCUUCGAAGACGGGCUGUCUAGCCGCUAUGGAGGCAGCUGUCCCGCGGGCCCGACCAGAGGGGCCAGCCGGCCGCCGGGGCAGUCGAUGGCCCAGAGAGCCAGGACCAUGGCCAUUUACAACCCCAUCCCGGUCAAACAGAACUGCCUCACCGUUAACCGCUCCCUGUUCACCUUCAGUGAGGAUAAUAUCAUACGGAAAUAUGCCAAAAGGAUCACAGAAUGGCCUCCAUUUGAGUACAUGAUCCUGGCCACCAUCAUAGCCAACUGCAUUGUGCUGGCCCUGGAGCAGCACCUACCGGCCUCAGACAAAACACCGAUGUCAGAGCGUUUGGACGACACGGAGCCCUACUUUAUUGGAAUAUUUUGUUUCGAGGCUGGCAUCAAGAUCAUCGCCCUGGGCUUCGCCUUUCACAAAGGCUCCUACCUGCGUAAUGGCUGGAAUGUAAUGGACUUUGUGGUGGUCCUAACAGGGAUCCUGGCCACUGUGGGGGCCGACUUUGAUCUGACAACACUGAGGGCGGUCAGAGUGCUGCGGCCGCUCAAAUUGGUCUCCGGCAUUCCAAGUCUUCAGGUGGUAUUGAAGUCCAUUAUGAAAGCCAUGGUGCCUCUGCUGCAGAUCGGCUUGCUGCUCUUCUUCGCCAUCCUCAUGUUCGCCAUCAUCGGCCUCGACUUCUACAUGGGCAAGUUCCACCGCACCUGCUUCAGAAUCGACACAGACGUGAAGGCAGCGGAUUUCCCCUGUGGCCUGGAGGCUCCAGCGAGGACCUGCGCCAACGGCACCACCUGCAAGGAGUACUGGACCGGACCCAACUAUGGCAUCACCAACUUUGACAACAUCCUCUUUGCUGUGCUCACCGUCUUCCAGUGCAUCACAAUGGAGGGAUGGGUGGACAUUCUCUACAACGCCAACGAUGCUUCAGGGAACACGUGGAACUGGCUCUACUUCAUCCCCCUCAUCAUCAUCGGCUCCUUCUUCAUGCUCAACCUGGUGUUAGGUGUGCUGUCAGGGGAGUUUGCCAAGGAGAGAGAGCGGGUGGAGAAGAGGCAGGAAUUCCUGAAGCUCCGCAGACAACAGCAGAUAGAAAGAGAGUUAACUGGGUACCUGGAGUGGAUCUGUAAAGCAGAGGAGGUAAUGCUGGCUGAGGAAGACAAGAACGCAGAGGAGAAAUCUCUGGAUGGAGCGUGGUACAAAAAGAAACACAACAACUCUGUGCUGAAAAGAGCCAAGAAGAGUAAGAAUGACCUCAUCAAUGCAGAGGAAGCUGAGGACCACUUCACUGACAUCUCAUCUGUUGGGUCCCCGUUCACCCGGACCAGCUUGAAGAGCAAGAACGAGAGCUCGUCUUACUUCAGGAGGAAAGAGAAGAGGAUGCGCUUCACCAUCCGCCGUCUGGUCAAGUCCCAGAGCUUCUACUGGACUGUGCUGUGUCUGGUUGGCCUCAACACGUUGUGUGUAGCCAUAGUACACUAUGACCAGCCUGAUUGGCUCACCUUUGCCCUCUACCUAGCAGAGUUUGUCUUCCUGGGCCUGUUCCUGGCUGAGAUGUCCAUGAAAAUGUACGGCCUCGGGCCCCAGAACUACUUCCACUCAUCAUUCAACUGCUUUGACUUCGGGGUGAUCAUUGGCAGUAUUUUUGAGGUGGUCUGGGCCGUCAUCAAACCCGGGGCCUCAUUUGGGAUCAGUGUCCUGCGGGCUCUGAGGCUGCUCAGGAUCUUCAAAGUCACAAAGUACUGGAACUCCUUGAGGAACCUGGUCGUAUCCCUUCUCAACUCCAUGAAGUCUAUCAUCAGCCUGCUGUUCCUCCUCUUCCUCUUCAUCGUGGUUUUCGCUCUGCUGGGCAUGCAGCUGUUUGGGGGCCAAUUUAAUUUUGAAGACGAAACGCCCACAACCAACUUUGACACAUUCCCAGCAGCGAUUCUCACCGUGUUCCAGAUCCUAACCGGGGAGGACUGGAAUGCAGUCAUGUACCACGGCAUCGAGUCACAGGGGGGCGUCCACAGGGGAAUGUUCUCCUCCAUUUAUUUCAUCGUCCUCACUCUCUUUGGAAACUACACGCUUCUCAACGUAUUCUUGGCCAUCGCUGUCGAUAACCUCGCAAAUGCCCAGGAGCUCACCAAGGAUGAAGAGGAGCAAGAGGAGGCCAUCAAUAAGAAGAUUGCGCUCCAGAAGGCCAAGGAGGUAAAGGAGGUCAGCCCCAUGUCAGCCACUAACAUUUCCAUCACAGCUUUUCUAACACGCAGUCGAGGUAACGCGCACUCUAGCAGCUCAUCCAUCUGCAGCGUUAACUCACUGAGUUAUGUCUGCACCCCAGUCCAUCACUACCUGAGUAAGGAGCAGCAGAAGUCGUUGAAGACCAUGUCAGUGUGGGAGCAGAGGGCCAACAAGCUGAGGUGGAACAACCAGGCAAGCUGCAAGGCCCUCCACAGUGAGAUGGAGCUGGAGGACCGUCUCCGCCUGUCCCCGGCGCUCCACAUCCGGUCAGACAUGAAAACCCACCUUGACCGGCCGCUGGUUGUUGAGCCUCGCGAAGGGCCUUUGCUUGCUGGCCACCAGCACCACCAUCACAAGCCCUGCAUGCCAGAGGCAGCAGUGACUGCCACCGACCCUCCUCCUCCUGUGCCUCACCAGCCUCGCCGCCACCACCGCCACAGAGACAGAGACCGAACGAAGGCGAGACAGGAUACGAAUGAUAACAGUGGCGCCAGUAAGGACGGGGGCCAUCAUGUCCAUCACAGCCACUCCAAAGACCACGAAGGCAUCCGGGGCCAGGAGGGGAAAAGCGAGAGGUCCCGCAGCCGAGAGGGAGGCAGGAGACAUAACCAUCAGAGCUCAGUGGAUGACAGCGGAGGGGGAGGAGUCAAGAGCGAGAGAGAGCAUCGGCAUCAUCAUUCACACCGGCAGUCCAGAGGGGGCAACGGGACGGUAAACAGCGGAGGCAGGGCAGAGCGAAGAUCCCGCCACAAAGAUGGACGAUCGUCUAACAGGGAUGGGGAUGGACAUUCCAGAGGAGACAGUGGAGCCACUGGAGAGAAGAGGAGACAUCGGGGUCAUGGAUCCAGGGGCCAAUCAGUUGAAGGAGAGGAGUCAAACGACAGAGAGAAGACAAACAAUCACAGGGACAGGUUUGUUGACUCAGAGGGGGAGUCCCUCGCCUUCUCCCCCCAGCAGGGCUCUGGGGGGGCCAGCUGGCCUCCUGAUCAACCAGAAGACUCAGACAACCAGAGGAACGUCAAAAGAACUGGCCAAUCCUCCGUCCAAAUUCCUCCUGUGACGAUCACCUCCCCACCUGGAGACACCACCUUCAUCCAAAUGAGCAGUCUUGCCUGUGAGACCAUGCCCAUGAAUGAGAGUGGACCCAAACCCAUCCUGCCUUACAGUUCUAUGUUCAUCUUUGGACAAUCCAAUCCGGUGAGGCGCUUAUGUCACUACAUUGUGACUCUGCGGUAUUUUGAGAUGUCCAUCCUGGUGGUCAUUGCUAUGAGCAGUAUUGCCUUGGCUGCAGAGGACCCUGUGUGGACGAACGCCCCUCGCAACAAUGUACUCAAAUAUCUGGACUACGCCUUCACUGGUGUUUUCACAUUUGAAAUGGUGAUCAAGAUGGUGGACCUUGGCCUGUUGCUUCAUCCUGGAGCCUACUUCAGAGACCUGUGGAACAUUCUGGACUUCAUAGUGGUCAGUGGGGCGCUGGUGGCUUUUGCAUUUUCGAGCUUCAUGGGUAGAUCGCAACAAGGUGUGACCAGGGGGACCAAAGGCAAAGACAUCAGCACAAUCAAGUCACUGAGGGUUCUCAGAGUGCUCAGGCCUCUCAAGACCAUCAAACGCCUGCCAAAACUCAAGGCGGUGUUCGACUGUGUGGUCAAUUCUUUGAAGAAUGUGCUGAACAUCCUCAUUGUUUACAUCCUCUUCAUGUUCAUCUUUGCUGUCAUCGCGGUCCAGCUCUUCAAGGGAAAAUUCUUCUACUGCACAGACGAGUCUAAGGGCCUAGAGAAGGACUGCAAAGGGCAGUUCCUAGACUACGACCAAGACGAGGUGGCCGCCAUGCCCAGAGAGUGGAAGAAAUAUGAGUUCCAUUAUGACAAUGUGCUGUGGGCCUUCCUGACCCUCUUCACGGUCUCCACCGGGGAGGGCUGGCCAACUGUCUUGAAGCACUCUGUGGAUGCUACCUUUGAAGACACGGGUCCCAGUCCAGGCUACAGGAUAGAAAUGUCCAUCUUCUAUGUGGUCUACUUCGUGGUCUUCCCUUUCUUUUUUGUUAACAUCUUCGUCGCUCUCAUCAUCAUCACCUUCCAGGAGCAGGGAGACAAGGCCUUGUCUGAGUGCAGCUUGGAAAAGAAUGAGAGGGCUUGUAUUGACUUUGCCAUAAACGCCAGACCUCUGACCCGCUACAUGCCCCAGAACACGCAGUCCUUCCAGUACAGGAUGUGGAAGUUUGUGGUCUCACCUCCAUUCGAGUACUCCAUCAUGAUCAUGAUCGCUCUCAAUACUGUAGUACUCAUGAUGAAGUUCCAUGGAGCUCCAGACUUCUAUGAAGCCAUGCUUAAGAACCUGAACAUAGUGUUCACCACUCUCUUCUCUCUGGAGUGUGUCCUCAAGAUCAUUGCUUUUGGUCCGUUGAACUACUUAAAGGAUGCCUGGAACGUAUUUGACUUUGUCACAGUGCUGGGCAGCAUCACCGACAUCCUGGUGACUGAAAUCAAUACUACGGACAGGCUGCUGAACCUGAGCUUCCUGAGGCUGUUCAGAGCCGCUCGGCUCAUCAAGCUGCUGAGACAGGGCUACACCAUCCGCAUCCUGCUGUGGACCUUCGUCCAGUCCUUCAAGGCCCUGCCUUAUGUUUGCCUUCUGAUUGCUAUGCUGUUCUUCAUCUAUGCCAUCAUUGGGAUGCAGGUGUUUGGCAACAUAGAUAUGAAUGAGGACACAGCUAUCAAUCACCACAACAACUUCCGUACUUUUCUCCAAGCUCUCAUGCUGCUGUUCAGGAGUGCGACUGGCGAGGCCUGGCAUGAGAUCAUGUUAUCCUGUUUGAGUCACCGAGCCUGUGACGAGCGCUCAGGGAACCAUGGGAAAGAGUGUGGCAGUGACUUUGCCUACUUCUACUUUGUGUCCUUCAUCUUCCUCUGCUCCUUCCUGAUGCUGAACCUGUUUGUGGCCGUCAUAAUGGAUAACUUUGAGUACUUAACCAGAGACUCCUCCAUCCUGGGGCCUCAUCACCUGGAUGAGUUCAUCCGGGUUUGGGCCGAGUACGACCCGGCUGCAUGUGGCCGUAUCAAGUACCUCGAUAUGUAUCAGAUGCUGCUCCACAUGUCCCCACCCUUAGGUUUGGGAAAGAAAUGUCCACCAAGAGUCGCCUACAAGCGCCUCGUCAAAAUGAACAUGCCCAUCGCUGAUGACAACAGCGUCCAUUUUACCUCCACCCUGAUGGCCCUGAUUCGCACUGCCCUGGAGAUCAAAUUGGCCUCAGGCAUGGUAGCCCAGCGCUUAUCUGACGCUGUGUUAAAGAAGGAUUUGUCUACAGUGUGGCCCAGUCUCUCUCAGAAGACCAUGGAUCUGUUGGUGACACCACAUAAACACAAUGAACUGACCGUAGGGAAGGUUUAUGCGGCCCUGAUGAUCUUCGACUACUAUAAGCAGAAUCGAGCACGGAGGCAGCAGCAGCAACAGGGCGUGUCAGGCUCCAAGUGCAAGGUCGGGGCUCUGUUUAAGCCAUUGCUGCCUCUGACUCACAUGCAGGAGAAAGAUCUGCACAGAGUGGAGCCUCCCAGCAUGCAUCAGCCCCAUGCCAAGUCCCAGCCACAGACCAGACCUAGCUCCAACUCCCUCAACAAUGGAGGCACGCUGCCAGGUCAUGACCACACCAUCAAGGAAUCAUCCUCCUGGGUGAUGGAGAAACCCAAGGAAGCGCCCCGAGCUAAGACAAAGAGAACCAUGUCCAGAGGUCCAUCAGAGGACAAACCGGACAUUGCCGUCAUCCAGGAAUCGGUGGAGAUGAGGAAGAUGGAGACCAGUGCCAGCAGCACUUUACCAGUCCCUGAGUCAGGUCUGGAGAACCAGGGCAGAGCAGCUUCUAUGCCUCGACUCAAUGCUGAGCUGCAGCGGAGCCAUUCAGGCCACUCUCCAGGGAUCCAUCUGGCUACUGUUCCUGAUGUCAGUCCAAUGAAGCGCUCUGCCUCCACCGUGGCCCCACAGCGACCCCAGGAGGUCAACCUGAGGGACUACACCCUGGAGAAACCCAGCCAGGACCGGCCCCACCACCAUCACCACCACCACCACCACCGCUGCCACCAUCGCCGAGACAGGGACAGAGAUAAAGACAGGGAGAAGAGGCAGAGGUCUUUGGAUACACCUCUGGGUGGACAGCCACCUAGCUCUGCUGGUGCACCAGGAGAGCCUGAGUCUGACCCGGCUGCCUCCAGAGACCGAGGCCAUGACCGCGGACGCUCCCACGACAGGAAACACCACUCCUCAGCGGAUAAGCAGCGCUACUACUCCUGCGACCGCUACUGCAGCCGGGAACACUGCCACACCAAAUCUGCCGCUGCCAGCUGUGCCGCCUCCCCCAGCGAGGGGCAGGAACCCAGCAACAAGCAGGGCAGUGGUUGGGUUAAAGGCAGCCCAAUGGCACUGAGUUCAUCUUCUAGCACGCCAAGCCGCGGACGUCGGCAGCUCCCCCAGACCCCCCUCACCCCGCGGCCUGGGGUGGCCUACAAGACUGCCAAUUCAUCCCCUGUGCACUUUGAGUCCAGCCAGGCCUCUCUGAGUCCUGGCCGGCUGAGCCGCGGCCUGUCAGACCAUGGCGCCCUCCAGCACAGCACCCACCACUUUCCCUGCCCCGUCACUCGUAUCAGCUCCGAGCCCUUCCUGGGCCGGGGCCACGGCGAGGCUCUGGGCAGCCUCUACAGCAGCCUCCGGGACCAGCUGGACGUCUUUCAGGAUGCGGUGUCACUGACGCCCAGCCCCCGUGCCGAACGCUCAUCUCGGACCGCACUGCCUCGUAUGAUGGGAGCCCUGCUUCCUGCUCCGCAGCAGAACCUUGGGGUGCCCAACGGGUACCACUUCAGCUUCCGGGGAAGCACCAGCCCAGGCUCUGGUGUCAGGGCACACAGGUAUUACCAGGAGGCAGAGGAGGACGAAUGGUGCUAGCAUGGCU